UUCUCUCAGUCUUCCACAGCUAGAGGGAGACAGCGCUUUCUUCUGGGACGCCUUGCCUUCGACCAGGACCGUCUUUGCCGACAUGUCCUUGUUUGUGCGUUUUAAUCAGCUAGUGCAAAAUAGCAGGUAUCCUGCCCGACAGCCUCUCCCACUUUAGAUACACCCCGAGAGGCGAGAGCGGAGAAACCGGAGUGAAAACAAACCCAAAUCGAACGCGACGUCGGCCCGUUUCUUACGUGUUUUUUUUUUUUUACGCCGCGCGGAAGAAGCAACCCCUCUCGACUCAACAGCCGGGGCUUGAAUAGCAACGUGUCCGUGGAGAGUGUCCCCCCCCCUUCGCAGUCGGACUGUGUGUUUAUGUGAGACGGACUGCUUCAAUGGGGGCUGCCUUCAGCCCUCCGCUCCGCGUGUAGACCCACUACCGCUGCGGUGGACGCCUGAAUUCAGACUCACCGAAGACGACAUUGUGGCUAUGGAAUGGUGCAUGCCGCUGGGCCAAGUUUUCAGCCUCUGAAAAACACCGGAAUAAUGGACAGUCAUCCGCUGUGUACUAGACUUUGUCCACACUCUUUGGAUAAAGAGGACGGAGUCGAGAGGCACGGUCCUGUCACCUUGAACCCUCGGCACAUGAGGAAGGCAUUCAAAGUCAUGAACGAGCUACGCAGCCAAAGCCUUUUGUGUGACGUGACCAUAGUGGCAGAAGAUGUGGAGAUUGCUGCUCACAGAGUGGUGCUGGCUGCUGGGAGCCCUUACUUCCAUGCAAUGUUCACUGGGGAGAUGGCAGAGAGCAGGGCAAAGCGAGUGAGGAUAAAAGAGAUGGAUGGCUGGACACUGGGUCUGCUGGUAGACUACAUCUACACCGCAGAGAUACAGGUCACAGAGGAUAAUGUUCAGGCGCUGUUGCCUGCAGCAGGACUGCUCCAGCUCAAUGAGGUGAAAAAGGCUUGUUGUGAGUUUCUUAGCUCUCAGCUCCAUCCGUCCAACUGUCUGGGGAUUCGAGCCUUUGCUGACCUGCACGCCUGUUCCCAGCUCCUCGCACAGGCCAACAGCUACGCAGAGCAACAUUUCACUGAGGUGGUUGGGAGCGAGGAGUUUCUCAAUUUGGGCAUGGAGCAAGUGUCCAGCCUGAUUGCUAGCGACAAGCUCACCAUCCCCACAGAAGAGAAGGUUUUUGAGGCGGUCAUUGCCUGGGUCAACCACGACAAAGAUGUCCGCCAGGAACACCUGGCUCACCUGAUGGAGCAUGUUCGCCUGCCACUCCUCUCCAGGGAAUACCUGGUGCAGCGGGUGGAGGAGGAGUCCUUGAUAAAGAAUAGCAGUGCGUGUAAAGACUACCUAAUUGAGGCCAUGAAGUACCACCUACUGCCAGCUGACCAGAGAGCGCUGAUGAAAACUGCUCGCACUCGCAUGAGAACUCCAGCCUGCUGUCCUAAGGUGAUGGUGGUGGUGGGAGGUCAGGCACCGAAGGCCAUCCGGAGCGUUGAGUGCUACGACUUCGAGGAACAGCGAUGGUACCAGGUGGCUGAACUCCCAACCAGGAGAUGCAGAGCAGGUGUGGUGUACAUGGGUGGGUGUGUGUACGCAGUUGGUGGUUUCAAUGGCUCUUUGCGCGUGCGGACGGUUGACUGUUACGACCCCAUGAUGGACCGCUGGACGAGCGUUAGCAGUAUGCAGGACCGGCGAUCAACACUGGGGGCUGCCGUUCUCAACGGACUCCUGUACGCUGUCGGCGGCUUUGACGGCAGCACGGGGCUUUCCACAAUUGAGGCCUACAACGCCAAAACAGAUGAGUGGUUCCACAUGUUGCCCAUGAGCACCCGGCGCAGCAGCGUGGGAGUCGGAGUGGUCAAUGGGAUAUUGUAUGCCGUCGGAGGAUACGAUGGAGCCACGAGGCAAUGUUUAAGUACGGUAGAGGCGUACAACCCUAAAAGCAACACGUGGAAUUAUAUAGCAGAGAUGGGCACGAGACGCAGUGGAGCAGGUGUAGGUGUGUUAAAAGGUUUGCUGUAUGCUGUCGGGGGGCACGAUGGUCCAUUGGUGAGGAAGAGCUGCGAAGUUUACGAUCCAGCUUCCAACAGCUGGCGACAAGUAGCUGACAUGAACAUGUGUCGACGCAAUGCGGGUGUGUGUGCUGUGAACAACUUGCUGUAUGUGGUGGGAGGAGAUGACGGCAGCUGCAAUUUGGCCUCCGUGGAGUUCUAUAAUCCAAAUUCUGACAAGUGGACGUUACUGCCGACCUGCAUGAGCACAGGCCGCAGUUAUGCAGGUGUGACCGUGAUUGACAAGCCCUUAUGACUGCACUUGAAACCUGCCACUGAUUAGGAGCAGAAUGUAUUCUCCUGUUGAAUACUGAUCUUGGAUCUACAAUGCCAAUGCUUCAAAGUUGGGCGGUAUUCGCACAGGCACUGAUGAAGAUGAAGAAAAUGACACGAUUGCUAUUUUUGAAGAUGCUGAAGAUUUUUGCACUUUGCUGAUUGGGGGAGCUGUAACAAACAAGAGGAUCAAACCUGUGUGUUAAUCCGCUCUGAGCAGGACUGCAGCAGUGACUGGAUAACCCGGUUUGAAGCACCACUGUACCACUGCAGUGCCAUUGAAACGCUACUGAUAAGAAGCUGCUAUAGCUGCAAAAGUUACUUAAAUGUUAGUAAUCCUAAUAGGAAGCAGCUCUGAGAAGGACCGCUCAUAUAAAUGAUGGGACGGCAAAAGCAGAGAAGGACCACUUUGGACAGAUUUGUUUCUCAUUCAUUUUUAUUCUUCUGAGAAGUGUGUGUUUGAGUGUGUGUGUGUGUGUGUGCGUGCGUGUAUGUUAGCAUAUAAUGGUGCUCCAUUGCUUGCAUGUGUGAGCAUGUGUGUUUGUGUGCAAACGAGUCUGUGUGUGGUAACACUGGGCUCAACGCUGCAUGAACACACUCUGUCCAACUUCUGACCUGUUGCAGUGUUGCAGUGAGGCUGCUUGAGAGUGCCUGAAUGUACACUUUUUCCUGUCCUUUGUUCAGCUUUUCAGUACUGUUACUGAAGAAAGCACAGCUGGACUCAGCUGCUGUAUUGGGAGAAAGAAAGAAAGAAUUUCUGCCUUCAGAUUGGGGAAGUGGUUCCGUUGGCACGCGUUACGAGUGUUUUGGAAGAAGUUGUGGUACAUGAUAAUGUACGUAUGUUUUCUGUGCAGAAAACGGACUUUGACUGGAGUCCUAACUCCUCUGGUGAGGGAGAAGCCUCAUUCAUGUUGCCAAACAUAUUAACAGGGAGAAAAACAGUUGGAUGUGGAUGUAUCAAUGCUCUACUGUCUUCUGGCAGCCAUAUUACCGUGGUUGAUAACCACUAAUGACAGCAGCAGCCUGAACUCUCUGCAUGGUCCCUGCCUCUAACCCACUAUCAUUUUACAGUUUCCUCCCCUCCUUUGGUGUAACAACCCGGAUAACAACUGCACACCCUGACGUAAUAUGAAUGUGCCAAUUUUAAUGUCUCUUCUUUUCUGUCUCUCUUUAUCGAUCUGUCACUAAUAAUCUUUCUGGAAAGUGACCAAACCUCCUCUUUUUUUUCCCGAGCCUUUUUUUAAUCUUGCCUCUUCUGCUAUAUUAAAAAUUGCUCUAAAAGUAAUUGGUAUCGCUGUUUCUUGUCAGUAUAUUGAGGAAUGUCAUGUAGGCUAAUAACUUAAAACUUGUUUCAUUGUUUGUUUUAUAUUAUCAUUGAUAAAUAUGCUUCUUGUAUUUAAAGCUGUGAAAUGAUAUAAUCUGUUUUUAAAAACUUUGCCAAAUCAGUAAAACAUUCAAAGGUG